AUGUCUCGCGAGCGCGACCAUGAACUCGAGACAUUAAGGAAUGUCAACAUCGGCAAUGGUUCCUCAGCACCAACGGUUGAUGAAGGAAGUAUCUCAAGCCUCCAUAAGCCAUCAUGGCAAGGAACGCGACUGGUUGAUGAACCCAAUAUCGAUAAACCGCCAACUGGAAACUGUUCCCAGAAUAGAAAGAAAUUGAGUCUUUUCCCUUCUUUCUUUGGUUCAUCAACGACAUCGAGUACCAAAUCGAAGAAAUCGACGCACAAAAGCAGCAGACUUUCAGCACUCCGCUAUUUUGCGCUCGUCCAUCUGCCGCCUGUCGUAAUCACAAUGACACUUCUGUCACUCUACAUCGCUAGAGUUCGCUGGGUGAACCCGUCCACUGAAUCGUUAAACGGCCUUCAGUUUGCAGCCAAGGGCCACGAAACGCUCAUCCUAGUGUCUUUGGGAGAUAUUCUUCUGCACCAAUUAUCCCACGGCCUGAAACGCCAGGACAUCGGCGUACCGCUUGGAUUUUUGCCAUCUGCCUUAAAUCUCUCAGCACCACUGCAAUAUCUCAUCAGCCGUCAGCUAUGGGCUCCAACGUUACAGUCUGGCAAGGCCGUUAAGUAUCGACGGGUUACAGCCGGUCUGAUCUUUUUGAUAUCCAUUCUGUGCCUUGCAGCAAAUCCACUAUCCGCCAUUGCCAUGAUCCCUCGCCAGGAUUGGUGGAAAGACAACCACUACGACUCGACUUUUUGGGGCGAGCCGUAUUAUGAACCUGCCGAGUGGAUCCCUCACAUGGAGUACAGAACAAGGCUUGAUUCAGAGUCUGGACCGUACCUCAGAGACAUCAUAGGUCCCUCUACCAUACCUUUGUAUACUCUUCUCAGAGCUGACUCAUAUACCCUUGGCACACACGGGCCCGAGUGGCAAAACAUCAGCUACUCCAACUUCAACAGCUCUUUCUAUUCUUAUAUCUCGACAGCGAAAUUCGAUUUACCUACAGUGUCUACUAGCCCGUUGUCAUUUGUAGCGUCGGAGCUAGGAAAGGCUUCCUCAAGGGACAUAAAAGAUAUGGCUAUACCUUGGAUUACUUCUUCUAAUCAGAAAAUCGGGGGAUCUGGAGCUGAACAUCCCUGGAAACAGCCCCUUGUUGUUACACAAUGUAUUGGAGGCUCAGUCCAGAAUAAGACCAAGCUCCAGUUUCACUUUGCCUAUCCGUUCUUGCUUGAGCCACACGAGAUACGAAAGCACGGUCAGAUAACGUUUACGCUUGACUCCUCCUCCUCGGCCUUUGCAGAGUUGCGUGCUAGCAAUUCUACAGACUAUCGUUUCGUCGACCUUCCACAAUACGAAGGUUGGGUAGUGAGCGGUAACAUACUAUUUGCUACGACAGGCAAGCUUGGGAGCGACGAGAAUCCUGAGCGCCACUACACACUCUGCCUGAUAUUUGCGCGUUGGUCUGAGGCGAGCACAUGGAUCGAACAACCCUCGCAUUCGCGCACCUUGAGCCACGUCAAAGGACCAAUACCCGAAAUCUUUCGGGAAAACUCCAGUGACGUCAUCUAUAUGGAUGACAAGUGGUUAGACGGCAUAUCUUCGUUCUCAAAUGAAUCAUUCUUUCGGUCUAUUGCAGAAUUUUGUGGAAGCGCCGUUAAGAAGAGUUGUCACGAGCGGUAUAUAGGCCUGCAUAUUACCGACGCGAUCUCUCAAGCGGGAAACAAUGUCUCGUGGCCCAAUUACUAUGCCGGAAGUACACAGUCAAACGAUGUCACGCAAGACAAGGUAAUUUACACGCGGUAUUACCGCACGUACGCCUAUCGCUUUGAGAGUAGUUACGGUAUACCAUUAUCAUUUUCUUUCCUUCUUCUACAUGUUCUCUUGGUAUUGUUACAAUUGCUUUCAAUUUUUGUAUCGAAGGAUCCUUGGAAAGGCUCUGAUUGGGACAAUUUCGGAGACAUGUUGGUUCUUGCUCUUGGAUCCAAACCACCAAACGGCGCAAAUGGUUUAAAUCAGCAACCUUCCAAGUCUGAACUGUGGGGGAAGAGUGCCACGGUUGUUCGCAAUGGUGAUAAGGGCCAUUGCCAGAUUCGUCUGGGAGAGGAGAAAGGAUAUCAGAGAGCCAAUGAUGAAGAAGGGCUUUAA